CCUGCCUCUGCUCACUGGGAUUAGAUUCUGAGUCUAUUUCAGAUCAGAGUGUUUGGAAACCAUGAUGGAGUCCCUCAAGGUUCAUCUUGGAUCAGCUUUUUCUUAAAAGCAGAAAGGACUGCCCAUAAAAAACCUUUUGGGAUUUAUUUAGACGCUUUUUCUGGAUAAACCAUUUAUCCCCGAAUGAUGUUUUCGCCGCAUUACGGAGGUUUUCUGUCUCAGAAGUUUUUGCAGACCAUCUCCUCUUGUUUCACUCCCUCCAGUGUUUACAUCCAAGUCGGGUUUAAAUGCGGGAGAAACUGUAAGACGUUGAGUUUGGAGCGGCUGUAGGGCGCGUUUGGAGCAGAGAUGCGCAAUGCGCAGAGCAAACUGUGUCUCCACCACGAAUAGGCAGAAUUCAGGACCUGGAAAUGUCUAAGCCGGAUGUGAAGAAGGAGUCCGGUGAGUCCAGCCCACUGGAGGCCGCCUGCCUCUGCUCUCCUCCGGCGGCCAAGAACCAAUGCGCCAGCUGUGGGAUGGAGAUCCAGGACCGCUACCUGCUGAAGGUGAACAACUUGAACUGGCAUUUAGGCUGCCUGGAGUGCUCCGUCUGUAGGGCGUCUCUGCGGCAACACAACAGCUGCUACGUUAAAAACAAAGAAAUCUUCUGCAAACUGGAUUAUUUCAGGGCUGCAGAAAACGGCACCGGUCUGACUCUGGAAGGAGCGCUGCCUUCAGAUCAGGACUGCCAACCAAAACCAGCAAAGAGGGCACGGACCUCGUUCACGGCCGAGCAGCUGCAGGUCAUGCAGACUCAGUUUGCCCAAGACAACAACCCUGAUGCUCAGACACUGCAGAAACUGGCAGAAAUGACGGGACUUAGCAGAAGAGUCAUUCAGGUUUGGUUUCAGAACUGCCGCGCCCGACACAAAAAGCAGCCCCCUCAGAGCAGCUUCCCUCAGAACGCUCCACUGGCCAGGAUGCCGCCGUCGCUUCCAGAAGAUCUCCACUAUUCCUCCUUCAGCAGCCCGGACCGACCUCACCUCCUGGCUCUGCACGGAUACCUGGAUGCUCACCCCUUUUCCGUCCUCGCCGGCCCUGGACACUUGACUCAUCCGUCCAUUUCUUUGCCGCAGCUUCCAAUCAGCCGCUGACCUGCAGAAUCCUCCUCUGUGUUUUCACCACUGAUGACAUGGAAAGCUAUUCCUGUCUGCAGCCCUUAGGCAGAGCAGGGACGUUCAUUUUCUGUUCGAUUAUUCCUUUUGAGCUGGACUGUGGUGACGCUUUCAAGCAAACAGAGGACACUUUUUUUUUUCUUUAUUCUAAAUGAAGCACAGAAUACUUUUAUUUUAUUUUAUUUCCCCUCUCAGAGGACAGAAGCUCUCUCAUUCUUCCAGUUAGUGCUUGUGGCUUCAAAUGGCAGAGCCUGGUAGCAGUAUGCCCGAGAAGCUUUUCCUUUUUCAUUAUGAGCACAUUUGCAGCUUUAAUGUUGUUUGUUGUUGUACUGUUGUCAGGAGAAAAAAAUCUCUUAUUUAUUCAGAUAAAAACUUGUUUUCAAAGCACUUUUAAAUGUGUCAUUACAUGGAAAAAUUCUGUAUUUGUACAUUGUAAAUAAAUUGCAUCAAAUCUGUCAUCAGGUUUAUUUACAUUGUAGAAACAAUCUAGAAAUAAGUAAAACAUUUUUAAAUUGAGCAUA